AAUUCCCAUCGUGCCCUGCGGAACUGCGGCUCCCAUGGUGCCUUGCGGGCCCAGCAUGGCUGCUGCUGUGCCUGUGCUGGGGGAGUGAAGCUGGUGGGGGGAGGAGGGGCUGCUGCCUCUGCUGCCCUGGGUGCCCGCCAUGGGGCUGAAGCCAUGGCAGAAGGCCCUGUUCCCGCUGCGCUCGGUGGAGGAUGUGGUGCGACUAUUCGAGGCUGAGCUGCAGCAGGAGCAGCCCGAUCUGGUGCUGCUGUCACUGGUGCUGGGUUUUGUGGAGCAUUUCCUGGCCGUGAACCGAGUCAUACCCACCAAUGUGCCGGGCAUCAGCUUCGAGCCACGCCCGGGCCCCGAGCCCGACAGCCUCACCUACUUCCCUGUGGCCGAGCUGUCCAUCGUGGCUGCGCUGUAUGCCCGCUUCACCGCCCAGAUCCGCGGCGCUGUCGACCUGUCCCUCUAUCCCCGGCCUGAGGGCUUCUCCUCCCGCGAGCUGGUCAAGAAGGUGUCAGACGUCAUCUGGAACAGCCUCAGCCGGUCCUACUUCAAAGACCGGGCCCACAUCCAGUCCCUCUUCAGCUUCAUCACAGGCACUAAGCUGGACAGCUCAGGGGUGGCCUUUGCUGUGGUGGGGGCCUGCCAGGUGCUAGGGCUGCCAGACGUGCACCUCGCGCUCUCGGAGGACCAUGCCUGGGUGGUGUUUGGCCGGGACGGCGAGCAGACGGCCGAGGUGACCUGGCACGGCAAAGGCAAUGAGGACCGGCGUGGGCAGACCGUGAAUGCCGGCGUGGCUGAGCGGAGCUGGCUGUACCUGAAGGGCUCGUACCUGCGCUGUGACCGGCACAUGGAGGUGGCCUUCAUGGUGUGUGCCAUCAACCCCUCCAUCGACCUGCACACUGACAGCCUGGAGCUGCUGCAGCUGCAGCAGCGGCUCCUGUGGGUUCUCUACGACAUGGGGCACCUGGAGAGGUACCCGAUGGCACUGGGCAACCUAGCCGACCUGGAGGAGUUGGAGCCGACACCAGGCAGACCAGAUCCCCUCUCCAUCUACCAUAAGGGCAUCAGCUCAGCCAGGAAGUACUACAGCAACGAGCACAUCUACCCCUACAUGUACCUGGCUGGCUACCACUGUCGCAACAAGAAUGUCAAGGAGGCGCUGGAGGCCUGGGCUGAUACAGCCACCGUCAUCCAGGACUAUAACUACUGCCGGGAGGACGAGGAGAUCUAUAAGGAAUUCUUCGAUGUGGCCAACGACGUGGUUCCCAACCUGCUCAAGGAGGUGGCCAACCUGGCAGAGCCACUGGAGGAGAAAGGUGCUGGGGAGAGAGGAGAGGGGUCCCCGGCGCAGGCUGGGGGCUCAGCCCUGCAGGACCCCGAGUGCUUCGCCCAUCUGCUGCGCUUCUAUGAUGGCAUCUGCAAGUGGGAGGAGGGCAGCCCCACGCCUGUAUUGCAUGUAGGCUGGGCCACUUUCCUGGUGCAGUCGCUGGGGCGCUUUGAUGGGCAGGUGCGCCAGAAGGUGACAAUUGUGGCGCGGGAGACGGAGGCCAAUGAGGACGAUGAGCAAGGCAGUGAGGAUCCCCGUGAGGGGCGCCGGCGUGGACCCCGCCGCGAGUCGAAGCCGGAGGAGCCACCCCUGCCCAAGAAGGCCACCGAGCGCCGGCGCCCUAGCUCAGGCCAGCGGCCAGACAAGCCCUCUGCGGUGGAGAAGGAGGAGGGGGGGGGCCCCGCCCCGGGGGUCCCCCCUGUCCCCCCACCCGAGGGGCCUGUCCUCACCUUCCAGAGCGAGAAGAUGAAGGGCAUGAAGGAGCUGCUGGUGGCCGCCAAGAUCAACUCGAGUGCCAUCAAGCUGCAGCUCACGGCCCAGUCCCAGGUGCAGAUGAAGAAGCAGAAGGUGUCAGCCCCGAGAGACUAUACCCUGGCCUUCCUCAAGCGCCCCCGCAAGUCCCUCUGAGCCCUGCGCUGGGGCGCAGAGCUGCCCCCUGCCAGGCUCUGCCAGGCUCAGCUUCACGGGGCGAGGAAUAGUUGCCUUUAAAUAGGGCAUGGGGAAGCGCCCUGCCCCCCGUCUCUCCUAGGUGCAGGGGCUGCCUCACCCCUGCUGUAGCUUUCCUGGGCUCCCCAUGGCGUGGGGGAGGGGGCUCUGUGGGUUCAAUGCUGGGGCGGGUGGGGCAGCUCUAAUAUUACCACCCCCAGAGACAGGAGCUGUCAUGGCCUCAGCCCCCUUGAGCUCUGGGGUUCAGGGGUGAUGAAUUCUGUGCGUUCUCCAUGUAUCUGGGAGAGCUGCAGGAAUUGGAUGGAGGGGCCCUUGGAGCCCAGUUAUGGGGGUUCCCUCUACUUUGCACCCCUUCUGCUGAGGAGAUAUGGCCCCCUCCCCUCUGACACACACUAGGGUUCUUCUGGGCGAGGUGUCUCCAAAAUACAGACCCACCUGAGCCCUGCCCAGGGGCCAGGUUGGAGCCCACACUCCCUAAAGAAGAAGGAAGCCGCAUCCCAUACUGUGCCCCCGAGCCAGUCAUGUGGGGGGAGCUUCUCUCUCUUUAGGCUGGGGGGGUGGGUUAGCAGCUGACUUUUGAUUUUUCCGGAGUCCAGCUGCUGUGUCCUGAGCUUCCAAAGUGACUUCUGGCCCUGCACAAAGCCCUGGGUAGAGCCGCAGCUGUUCGGCGUGGGGGAUGGGGGGCUUUGUACCUCUUCCCCCCCCCCCCCCGAGUUUGUAAUGUAAACUUCUUCCCCUGUCAUUCUCCCUCCCUUCCUCUCUCCCCCCCUGUGUGGUCAUGCCCCCGCAUCUGUCUUCUGUUCUCAACCGAGGCCUUUCUGUUGAGAUCUGCUGUCGGGGGCGGGGCAGAUAGCAAGGGGUGCUGGGGGGAAUCUGAGCAUGCCACCAGGCCCAGGGCUUUCUAAUGGGCUCUGAUGGGUCCCACUAAACAAGCCCCAGCAGGGCCAUGGCAAACGCAUCCGGAGUGGGUGUUGCCUUCCCGGUGCAGCUUAGACAGAGAGCUCCUGAGGCUGUGCCAACUGGGGCAGCCCACAGACUCCUAAGCAGCAUGUCCAGCUGGGCCCCACUGUCUCCCUCCAGUGGGUGAUGUGGGAGUUGCAUUAAAGGCCUUGGGGGGCAGAGCUGGGGUGAGGGCAGGCAGGGCUUUGUACAGUUCGGGGGUGGAUGGUGCUGGGGUGGGACAGCUUUGGCAGGACUGAGAUAAACAGCCUGAGGGUUCCCACAAAGGAAGGGGGGAGACGCAUCUACUAAAUGUGUAUUUUUUAGUAGCAUGAAGGGUUAAUAAAAAAGUUGGUUUUAAAAUA